AUCGGAGCGCUGUGGUCUCCGCUCUUCGAAUACAGAACGGAUUUAUAGGAGGUGGUAGGGACUGCUCUUUAUCUCAGGGUAUUUAUCUGUCUCAAAGCUGUUGUGUAUACACUCGUCAGCUCUUUAAAUGUAUUUUAAAGACACAGUCUAGUGUCUUGACAAUAAAUAAAUAGUAUAUAGGAUAAUUAAGAGUUUUGUAUCGAUGUUUCCCCAAUAUAUUCAGAGGAAUUUUAAACUCUCUAUCUAGAGCGUUGGGACGUGUGUGUGUGUGUUAGUGGAUAUUCACACCUAAAUCAAGAUUAGUUUGUCGCAGUGUUGUUAUAGAAGUUAGAAGAGCGUUCCAUUAAUCAAAACAUGGCCCUGGGAACACAGGGGAGAUGUCAUAUACAGGACUUGGGCACGACUUGAGUUGUUGACCAUGUCUUCUUCGUCCAGUUCAAGUAGCUCUGGAAUUUUUCAAACGGAAAACCGUGCCACAACUCAGAUUUCACGUUUAAAACAAGAGUACGAUCGACGACUUCUGCAUUACGAAAAAGAAUUCGAUGUGUCUCUUUCUAGGAUGGUGAAUCGCGAACGAGGACUGAAGGAGUCCAUGUUGGCCUACACAGAACGUAUGCGCAAGAUUACGAACACCAAACAUAGUAUGGAUGGAAUGUUGGCUCAGGAGUCAUCGCCAUUAUACGUCAGAGCCAAACACAUUCCAAAGUUCCCUGUCACAAAAAAUAAGACAAGAAGACCGGCAUCUUUUGACGAACUCAUUGGGAAAAAUGCAAAUUCAAAUUCAAAUAAACCGAGGAGAGAAAAACCGAAGUCGGCUUCGAGACUUUCGCUUCCGUUGCUACCGGACCGCUACAAAAAGAACUCCCAUAACGUGAAAAUAAGUUUCGUCAGUGCUUCUGAUUUGUACGAUAUAGUGGAUUUCAGUAUACGAAAUAAAGGAAACAAAGAGGAAACUCUAAGAUAUUUGGGUAUGGAAAGUUCUAACAGUCAGUCUUCGCCAUCGCCUACCGACCGCCCCGCGGCAGGCGGGGGAAACCGGAAGACGUCAAGGAACGGAAGUAAACUUGCCAGUUUAUCCCCGACACCCCAAAACAACAAAGGAUUCAGUGCUCUGCCGACUCUACCGCCGAUUGAAAGCGCUGAGAAAGACAGUAACGAUGAAGCUGACAAUUCGGACACUGAUAGUGACAGUCUAGACUUGAAUAAAGCAAGUGUGGAAGCUUUCAAAAGGAGACCGAACCGUGCUAAACGAAUGCAGAUCAAUAAACCGGGUCUUGAUGACAUCCCAGAAAAUGACGUCACUUCUCAAAAGAGAUCAGCAAAAAGUGAAAGAACGUUGCCAUCUCCACCCCCGAAGCAAUCCCCGAGAAAUGUGAUCAAUAUGCAAUCUCAUCUUAUGUCCAUUCCGGAACACGAUGCGUCGGGCGAUGAACUAAUGGCCCCCGACAGGAAGAGAAUGGGUAGACUUAGCCGCCGUGAGAUUGGAGGACAGAAUUCGAUUCGGCUUGAACCUUUCUCUGUGUCUGAAAGGAGCACGGUCAAAGAACAGGAAGAAACCGACCAGCAUUUAAAAAUGAAAUUGAAAGCGCAGAAACGUUUUAAAAAGUUGAUCUUUCUUCGGGAUGUUCCGGAGAGGCAUCAUCGAUUUUGACACCUUUUAUGAUCUUUAAUAUACCGUUAUUUAAUUUUGUUAAAUCAUUAAAAAUCGUUAUAUAUUGUC